UGUCUUGUGUGCUAACUGUUUCUCUUUUUAAGCGAGUAUACUACGAUCCAUCGAGCAACCUUGGUAAAUUGGAAUUGCACUUCAAAUCCGGUGAGUUAUGGCUUCUAUUCCUAUUAUUGUUACUUGCACCUCAUGUCAUAUGUUUAGCUUAGCCUUCUCUGUCAGCUGCGAGGGCUUUAUAUGCGAUAAAUGCAGGGAAAUAGUUAGGCUGACAGAGAAGAUCUUAGAAUUAGAGUCUCGCAUCCAAUCCUUAUCUGAGGAUAGUAAGAGUUUAACGACGAUAGAAAACACUCUGGAUGCGAGCAACAUUAGCGCACACAGCUCGGUUCCGGUUGAAAAUCCUCCGCAGCUGGGAAACUUCGUGACUGUGAGACGGCGUAGUCGCAGGACAAAACAUCACUCGACCGUUCCGAUUACAGUCUCGAACAGGUUUGCCCCGCUCAGUGACGCACCGGCUGAGAAACCUGCUGAAAGUGCCCUAGUUAUCGGUGAUUCUAUUGUUCGGAACGUUAACAUAGAGGCACCAGCCACCAUAGUCCAAUGUUUACCGGGAGCCAGAGCGCCUGACAUCAAGUCAAAUUUAAAUGUGCUGGCUAAGGCUAAUCGUAAAUUCAGUAAGAUUGUCAUUCACGUCGGCACAAAUGAUGUUCGACUCCGUCAAUCGGAGAUCACAAAAGAUAACAUUAAAGAGGUGUGUGAGCUCGCAAGCAUGAUGUCAGACACUGUAAUAUUCUCUGGCCCCCUCAAUGCUUAUUGUGGUGAUGAGAUUUAUAGCAGAUUAUCAUCACUAAAUGGCUGGUUGUCUGAGUGGUGCCUGCAGAAUGAUAUAGUUUUUAUAAAUAACUGGAAGAGUUUUGAGGGCAGACCUGACCUGUUGAAACGAGAUGGUCUCCAUCCCUCCUGGGCUGGGACUUCCAUCCUGUCUAGAAAUAUGGCAAAAAGUCUUAAUGCUAAUGCUAAAACUUGACUCGCUGGGGCCCAG